AGUCGUCAACACUGCGCCACAUUCAUAACCAUGGAAGCAACCAGUGACGCCAGUGAGGUGCAGUGCAUGUGACAAAUGUUCCUUCAAAUCGUUUCAUCGGCCUCGCGCUGUCCCCGACAGACGUUGUAGACCGGCGAGACACCGCGAUGAAGUUGCUCAAGCCGAACUGGGUGACCCAUGACGGGCACCCAAUAUUCUCGGUGGACAUUCAUCCGGAUGGGUCAAGGUUUGCAACCGGUGGGCAAGGGGCGGAUGCAGGCCAGAUUUGUGUGUGGAACAUGGCCCCCGUGGCGCGGGAGGAAGACGAGCUGAGCGAGGCAGUGCCCAAACUCCUGUGCCAGAUGGACAACCACCUGGCGUGCGUCAACUGCGUGCGGUGGUCCUCGGACGGACGACAUCUGGCCUCUGGAGGGGACGACAGGGUCAUCAUGAUCUGGCAGAUCGGCAGGUAUGGUGGCAGCUCAAGCAUGUUUGGGGGCAGUAAGAAGAUGGUCAAUGUGGAACACUGGAAGUGUGUGAGCACUCUCAGGGGUCACUCCGGAGAUGUGUUAGACCUGGCAUGGUCUCCUCACGAUGCUUGGUUGGCAUCCUGCAGUGUCGACAACACCGUAGUGAUCUGGAACACGAAAAGGUGGCAAGAAAUACUGGCAGUGCUCAAAGGCCACACGGGACUUGUCAAAGGCGUGUCCUGGGACCCCGUGGGCAAAUAUGUUGCUUCUCAGUCCGACGACAAGAGCUUGAGGGUGUGGCGUACCCAUGACUGGCAACAAGAGUGCAUGAUCACAGAUCCUUUUCUUGAGUGUGGCGGCACGACUCACAUCCUGCGGCUGAGCUGGUCUCCCGACGGACAGUUUCUUGUGUCCGCUCACGCCAUGAACAACGCCGGCCCCACGGCCCAGAUUGUGGAGAGGGAUGGCUGGAGGACCAAGAAGGACUUUGUGGGACACCGGAAGGCCAUCACUUGCGUGAGGUUUAAUCCCCACAUCCUGUCCAAACUGAACAAAGACGGUGGAAAGGGUACAAAUUUCUGUUGCUGUGCAAUCGGGAGCCGUGACCGGUCGCUAUCUGUGUGGCUUACCUGCCUGAAAAGGCCACUGGUGGUCGUGCACGACUUGUUCUCAAACUCUGUCCUCGACAUCUCCUGGAGUCAAGGCGGUAACCAGCUGUUGGUGUGCUCCUGGGACGGCACGGUGGCCUACAUCGACUUCUCCGAAGAAGAGAUUGGGACACCCAUAACCCCCGAGGAGAGGAACCUGUGGCACCAGAAGCUGUACGGCAAGAGCUUGUCGUCCCUCACCCAUCAGCUGCACAACUCGGCCGGCUGUUCGACGCUGGUGGAAGACCCUGAAGUGCUCAAGGCCCAGGAGCAGCAGCAGCAGCAGCUGGCGGCACGGGCGACGCGGGUGGCGGCGGCAGCACAGGCGGCGGAGCAAUGCAAGGAGGUGAAUGGCAUCUCGACGCCCUCGCAGCAGUCCCUGUCGGCGACGAUUGCCAACACCACGUCGGUCGUCCGGCCGCUGAACAACAACAGCAACAGCCGGCCGCUGCAGCACAUCAAGGGUCCCACGGACAAGCAGAUUGAGACGCGGAUGCCCGACGGCCGCCGCAGGAUCACGCCCCUCUUCAUUCCCCCCGACCCCGAGAUCGGGGACGUCCCCGUUCCAUUCAACAGCCAGGCACUGCCCAACUUUAGUUCUUCGACGGAGAGCAAGAGCAAGAUCGUCAUCGAGAAGCGGGACGAGUCAAGCAGCGUGCCUGCUCCCGAGGCUUCGGACAAGUCGUCGGACAAGCCCACCACUGCCCUCAAGGAAACUGCCAUGACCCUGAAUGCUCAGAACCAGGAGAAGGAAUCUGCGCAGCAGACAAUAACCACGGCGACCACCACCACAGUGACGGUGGUGGCCUCUUCUGGAGGCGAGGGGACGGAGAAGCCCGUCGUCCCCACGAAAUCGACGAACGAGCCUUUGCCAAGCUCCAAGCGGAAAGCAACGGAGACAACACCCGUGGCGGUGAAGCCGCCAGAGAAGAAACGUGGCCGACCGCCACUGGCGCACACAUUGCAGCAGCAACAGCAACAACAACAACAACAACAGCAGGCCGAGAAGGGGGACGGUGCCCGGCCCUCCUCGGCCCAGGCCCCAGGCCAUGUGCCGCAUCGCCAGCAGGCCCUGUUUCCCGCUCUCAAGCAAAACAUGCCUGUCACGGUGAAGAUCAGCCCCUAUGGGGACUCCACGAUGCAACGGAGCGUUCAGCUGCAGACGGACAUUCCCGUUCCUGGCUCGCGGACGGUCAGCAAAGUGCGGUGCAGCACGGAAGAGAGCGUCUUCUGGGAGCAUCUUGUCUCUGGCCGGGGAGUCGCCCUCGCCGGCAGCAGCCAGGUGGUGUGCAUAGCUUGCGAAGACCGAACGUUGACAGCGUUGUCCAGCGAGACUGGUGCCAAGCUGCUUCCAUCGCUGGUGCUUCCUUGGCCUGCCGCACAUCUGCUCUGCAAGGGCAGUCGUCUCCUUGCACUCACUACAGUGGGAUCACUACAUGUGUGGGACCUGAACAAGCUGGUGUGCACAGUUCGAGAUGAAUCGGUGGCUCCUCUUUUCAGAGAUUCACCUGGUGCGACGCUGAAGGCGUCGAACAUCACCGAAGAGGGACUACCUCUGCUGACACUGUCAACCGGCAAGACAUAUCUCUUCAGCAAGGAUUUGUGUUCAUGGCUGCUGCUCACUGGAGGCGAGGAUGCUGUGGCGCACUGCUCAGACCAUUAUGCCUCGAUGCCGCCGUUGGACGGGAUGAACGGCUCUGCCCUACCCCUGGGUUCUCUACAACACAACAUGUACAGGGGGCCCCGGGGGGCCAGGUCGGUGUUCCAUGCGGGACCCUCGCUACAGCAGGCGGGCACGCUGAGCUUCCUGGACGGUCAAGUGAGCGCCGCGCUGGCACUGCGCUCGGGACACGAGUACCGCUUCUGGACGCUCACCCUGGUCCGGUACCUCGCCUCUGAAGGGCUUGAGAUUCGGCUCAAGGACCUCUGCUCCAGUCUUCUGGGACCUGUCGGUGCUACCUCACUCACGUGGCAGCCUUGCAUUCUGGGUGUAAAUAAGCGGGACUUGCUACGGGAGAUCCUCCCUGUGUUGGCUUCGAACUUGAGGCUCCAGCGCCUCUUCAGCGAAUUCAAGGAACAGCUGGACACGGCUUCCCUACCUCCCAACGGCUGAGUGGUCUACGUCAACUUCACAUCGUCACAUCACAUCGUUCCUCGCCGUCCUUCCAUCUGCAAACAAGUCGUGCUCAUAAAAGCAAUACACACCUGCCGGGUGAAUGUUCCGGUGCCGGGGACAUUCUCUAUGUCUGUGCAGGCCGUGGCAACCUGUGCAGGCUACAGCAACGUCAAAGAGAAGACGCCAGAUGCAAAGGCCGGUCGCGUGUUGGGUGUAUCUGUGCCGUUCUGCUGCAGCCGGGGUGGGAAAUUGGCCGUCGGUGAAAGUGACCCCUCACUUGCUUCUUUGGAGAUGCCACUGGGUUGCAGCUGUGAUUUGCGUUUCCUUCGAUUGACUUUACUCUCUAGGCAGCAUUCUUUGCGAGUAAUUUUCGGGAACAUUGUGGACGGAUAGCCUGGUUUUUAGAGUGUCGGAUCACUGGAUUUGAAAUGCGAGGUUUGGCGGAAUUCUAGCUGGAACGAAAACUGUGGGGUGUGGCUAUCCUCCUCCCCGCCUUCACCUAGAAGGUUUCUUUAAAAUAAGUUAUAUCGAUAGUGUAGGCUUACGAUGUACUUACUAAUUGAUAUACAUAUAAUGAAGCUUGUUUUAUAGGUGGAAUACUGUUUUUUUAGAGAACACCUGGCACAAGUGAUUUUAGGAUUCAACUGGUGUGGUCUCGGAGAAUUGUGCUGGCCUCGUCUGCCGCACCCCUAUUGCUGCCAUUCUGUGGAAAUGGGCAGAAAGGGAAUGCCUUGGGCUACCAUCUCUUACAACAGCGUUUUCUUUUGCGCAUAUUUUAUUAAAAGUUAAAAUUUCUUAAUGAUGACAGGCAAGUUGGUUCUGUCUGUACAAAGCUAAAUUUAUUGUCUACCUUGCUUUAGUGGCCCCCUUUUGUCCAUGUCAAGUUAACGGAAGAAGUCAAUGCCACUGGUUAUUUCCUCGAGGAAGUGGUAGAAUAGGGUUAGUUUAUGGUUAGCUUAAAGACAACAAUUGUGGAAUUAGUGUAUCCUUAAUUGCUGACAAAAUAUUUGCAAUUCGACAUCUACUUCUGGGCAGCAGGCAGACUACGAUGUUAGCUGAUAUGGGAAAAAUUGGGCCUGGCUUUUAUGUGGCUUAGAAACGACUGGUGUUUUGGGGUUAAUGUUUUGUUCUACUAGUUAUUUUGAAAUUUAAGUCAAUAAGAAGGGAUGUCUCUUCUAUCCUCAAAUGGAAACUAAACAAUGAUGACUGCCUUGCGUUUUUUCUUUGUAUUCUGUAUGUAGCUCUGUUUUUAUGGGCACAUUUGCCACUGUGUUCUCAUUGAGCAUGUUGUUUAUAGUGAUGCAUUUUUGUAAAAAGAAUUCAUAGGGAUGAUGCUGAUAGUCUUGGUUGUUUACAUUCUGUUAUUGUUUUUUUGUAUAGAAACAUCUCCUACCAUUUUGUAAAUUAAGAUACCCUGGUUAGUGCACUAACAAGGUCUUUGCUUGUGAUUCAUCUUCGUCGAACACCCAGAAUGAUGGAGGAACACAUGUUUAUUUCAUAAACUAUGCAAGCCAAGGAUUUUUCUUUUGCUAUGAUUUUUUUAUUCAGAUUACGAGGCAUGUUCAAGGGCCACAUCUCUUUAGGUUUAAUGGAUUGCCUAAAAUGUAGCUCUGCAAACGAUUUGUUUUAAAUAGAUUGUUCCCAGUUUGAGUGAGCAGAUUUAGAAAUGGGCUGUACCUUGCUGGUUUGCAACAUAUUUUAUAUUUAUGACUUGUGUUCAAUUUCUUCAAAUGUUAGAAGUUUAUUCACCUUUGUUGAAUUGGGUUCAGUUAUAAACAUACAGCUCUGUGGUAUUAUUUUUACAUUCUGGAAUUAUGAUAACUGUUCUGGUUUACAACUCCAGCUAUGUGAUGACGGCUAAAGUAUUUGCACACAAGUGCCAAUAUGGUCAGUUUCCCAGAAAAUUAGGCAAUAGUUGAUAUAUUUUGGCUUACUAACUUUGGUUUUUACUUUGAAUGACAAAUAAUUAUAAUUCACAUUUAGAUUUAAAAAAAAAAAAUCUGCAAGAAGUAUGGUCAAAUGCAAAGUUUGUCUUUAUGCAUAAAAUGCAACUCUUCAUUUUUUUCUUCUUUUUUUUGUACAAUCAUUUUUGUUUGAAAUUAGUAACUUUUGUUAGAAUGCUAGUUGACUACCUGCUAAGCUCGUAAUAACUUUAAAUUAUUAUAUUUUUCUUCAACAGCAAUUUUAUACAAAAAGCUACCAAGUUCAAUUUUUCUGGCAUUUACAUAAAUGUAUGUCAAUUUAUGUUCAACGUGUAAGAUGAGCAGGUCGAUAGUAGGUGGGUGUGCUCAGCCCAGUAAGUAUGCACCUAAGUGACCGAUUUUCACUCAAUGGCAAUGCAAGACUGCGCUCAGUAGCCAGUGUUUCUUGGAUUUUCAAUGCCUUACUAUUUUGGCCGAGGCAGUGCUAAGCUUCUAACCCGAAGACUACAAUCCUAUUCUUAGUUUUCUGCAUCGUUCAGCACAGGCUGCACCCAGCGAUAGCAUGUUUUUAGCCAUCUCUUGCUAACAGGAAAAGAAAUUGUUUGACAGGUAAGGUUGAGUCCCAUACAAAAAUCUCCCCAAAGCUUGUUCUUUUUUUUUUUUUUCUUUUUACAGCAAAGCUGGUAAAGGCUAGUUUCCCCAGUUUCGUGUCCGUGGACAAAUAAAUCUCGACACAACCCUCUGGACAGCUACCGCCAUCUAUAAACGACAACGGCGACUAGACAACCGGCUUGCCGGUUGUCUGGUUGCCGCCGUUGCUUGUAGAUGGCGGCACAUAGUACAACUCCGCUGCUCUUCCUUCUUCACCAGUGGAAAGGCUGAAAGAUUUUCUUUUCUUUUUUUAAUCUAUAGAUUUCAGCAAUGCAAGCGUGUGACUCCGUCAAACCCUCAGGAAUCCAGAAGCUCAAAUGGAAUUAGAAGCUUUGUACAGUGAAACAAGAAAGCAAAAAGAGCAUCUUUUUCUUGAUGUGACUGUUUUCUGACUGGGUGUGAAGCGUGUGUGUGUGUGUGUGUGUGGCAUCUUCAUUUAUAGAGAUUUCACAGUGCAUGCGUGAAUGAAUGUUCCAAUUUUGUUUUUAUUAUUUGAUAGGUUUACCAUUCCACCUGGAAACUGUUGCUUGCAUUUGUAGGUUUUUUUCCUUUUGCAGGCAUCACAUCUGUGCAUAAAAAUAAAGAAAAAAAUUCAUUUAUGCUGA